AGGGUUGGUUGUCAGAGUGAAAGUUUCAGAGAAACCUUUAAAGAAAUUUAAAUAAUAUUCAAGACAAUAGAAUAAACAAAAAAACAUUAAAAAUGCUCAUUCGGUGGAAAAGCAAAGACAAAUCAUCAUCUGGAGCUUCGAAAAAGAAGCGAAAAGGUCGAGAAGAUGACGAUUUUCAACAUGAUAAAUCAAACAGGAAUCAAAUUAUUGAUCAAGUUAACGACGAACGUAAUAGACGUCCAACAGGAAGAAGAGAAGAUCGAGAAAGAGAUAUUCGAAGACACACAUUGGGAGCAGACAUGCUUUUAUACGGAAAUCAAAAUAUGAAUCAACGGUCAAUGGACAUGGAGAUGAAUCAAUCACAGAAAAAUAGAAAGGGAGUUGCAAUAAGAGGAUACACACCUCAAAGUCAAGGUCCUUUAUUUGAUGAUGAUCCCGGUAUCAUGUCUGAAGUUGAAACAGCUAGUACAGGUUUUCGAAGAGGUGGAAAGCAACGUUCAUCACUCCCUGUUGUACGAACGCCAUCUAAAACAUUAGAGCGACCUUUAGGUCUAGUAUUUUUGCAAUACCGUUCUGAAACGAAGAGAGCUCUUUUGCCAAAUGAAAUAACAUCAAUUGACACAGUACGUGCAUUGUUUGUAAGGUCGUUUCCACGUCAACUUUCAAUGGCUUAUCUUGAGGGACCUAAUGUUAAAAUAUACAUUCAUGAUUCCAACAAGGAUAUGUUUUAUGAAUUAGAAGAUAUGAGAUCACAUUUAAGAGAGAUAAAAGAUAGAUCAGUGCUUCGUUUGUUCGAGUCAAAUGAAGUAACUGCAACUCCUCAAAUUUUAUCUGGUAGCGCUGGAAUACCCCAAUCGUUACCUCAACAGGGAAAUAUACAUUGGGAUCAAGAUCCGAGUUAUUUUAGUGAGCCUGAAUUUGAUUCGGAAUAUCAGCAUCAACAUAUUCAUAAAAGCAAGACAGGAAAAGCAGCUCCAUAUUAUGUUAGUGCAGCUCAAACGUUACCAAGAGGUCAUGUUUAUAACGAUAGAUCAAAAAGUUCAAUGAAUAUGCCUUCAAAACCGUUGAGAUCUUAUGGAUCCCGGGGAAGUCUGGGACAUUUUUCAUAUCCAUCAGAACAACUCUAUAACCUUUCUGACGGUUAUAUGAGUUCGCCUGAAAGAGGAAAUAGAGCAUACGAAGAACCCUACUACACGCCUUACUGUGGAGCUCGUGAUAAUAUUGCUCCAACAAUAAUUGACGAAGAACAAAACGAUUCAUUAUCAGCCGAUGAUCAAUAUUCUUUGUAUAAUGCAAAGAUACCAAAUCGUAUCACACGGAAUCCAAAUCAAAUGUAUGAUAUAGCAAGGCCUGACGAACUGCACAGAAUCAGAGUGGAGCAUAUGGAAAGGCAAUUAGCUAAUUUGACGGGUCUUGUUCAGAAAGCUUUAGUCCAAAAUCCAACUGUAACUCCAGCUGCCAACCAGCAACAGUACACUGGAGUUGAAGGAUCUUUUAAAAAUGCAAACGGAGUGUUGGAUGACAUGAGUAUUAGAGAGAGACCGCCUAAAUUAGGAAAAUCUUACAAAUCGGUAUCAUUUGAAAAAUCUGUGUCGUUCAGCGAUGAUAUUCAAGGCUUUCCAAAAGCUCACAAUCCUCAAAUGGCAACCGAAUCUAAGCCCGCUAAACCAGCAAUAAAAUCUUCUACCCUUCCACGUACAUCAUCACAAGAACGAGAUCGAUUGAAACCCAUACCACCGCUUAAAAAUAAAACUUCCUCAAAUCAAUACCAUGCCGAUUUGACUAUAGCUCCAGAUGUGUAUAAUCAUUUAAGAAACUUACAGAAGAAGGCUAGAGAUAUGAAAAUAGAAAUUAAAACACUUAGACGUUUAUCUCAGAGUCAGACGAUUGCAGUUAGAGAAGAUAUCAAUGACACUUUUAUGCGAAUACGAGCGACUUUAUUAGCAACAAGCGGAAAUCAAUGGGGACAGUUCAAUCAGGAAAGGACGAAAAUUUCACGAGAAGAAGAAAUUUAUAAGCAAGAAGUUAUACGUCUUGAAAAAGAUUUAGCAGAUCUUGAAGCUUCUGUUGAAGUUUUACGAGGAGAGGUCAUCAAUAGAAGAACUAGAGUAAAUAUGACAGCUGUUGAGGAUAUGGCAUUAGUUCUCAGCCGAGCGAGCAAAACGGUUGCAGAAUUAAAAAUGAAAUUUCCAAAUUUGCAACAAAAUCUGCGAAGCAUACUCGCUGAUGAAAUGGAAACUUUUUGUAGAGAAGAAACUUUCUUAAAAGAUGAACCUGAUCGUCUUGAAACAGCUUUGCGAAGAUGCAAGAAAUUAACCGGAACAUUAGUAACUUUGAAAAGAUUGGCAAGUGUCCAGGAACAACGAACAAUUGUGGAGCCGACGCCUCCGGAAACAUCGCAAAACGCAACUAAUGAAACUUUAUAUGUAACGAGCAAGCCUAAUUUUGAUGAUUCAGCAGCUUCAGAUGAGGGUUCAAAGUUACAAAGCACUGUUUCAACUAAACUACCUCAAAUUCAAUUCUAUCCUGAACCCAUGUCGACUACAACACAUGGGUUAAGACGGUUGCAUUCGUAUCCUUCUGGUUCCGAUACAGAUCAAGAUAACGAAAAGAUAUCAACAGGAAAACCUCCAUUGCCCGAAAGAAAUUCGGAACUUCUGUUGAGAUAUGGCCAAAAGAAACUUCCUCCACCACCGCCACCAAGAACCUCAUCAAAUCGUAGCCCAUUAGAAUCUCCUACAUCUCCAAGUAUGGUCCUAAAAGCUUCCGAACAGCAAAACAUGUUUAAUAGCGGUAAUUCGAAGGGUAACAUUCAAAAUGAUCCUGAUUCGGGAAGUGAAUCAAAUAAUUCACAAGAUAAUAGUUCACAGCGUCAGAUGCAGUUGGAAAAUCGUCAUAAAGAAUUAUUAAAGAAACAAAAGCAACUGCAAGAACAAUAUCAGCGAUUGCAACAAUUGAAUAAAAGUUCAAUUCCUUUAAUUUCAAAUGAUGCUAAUGCAAAUGCUCCGAAAGGUAAUUCAGAAAAUUCCGAGAAGACUUCUGAAAACAUCAUAAUGCAUCCUCAGUCAUCAGUUAGUACUAAUAAAGUUUAUGAAACUGAUAUACUUUAACACAACCAUGUUAAGCAAUGGAAACAAUCUGAAUUUUUGUAAUAUUUAUAAAUGUUAAUGAGUACUUAGAUAUUUGAUACUUUUUUUAAUCCAAGUUAAUUUAGAAUUUUAUUAGAUAACACAACAUUAAAGCGAUGCCCGAAAAAUUAUCAAAAACUAAGCUCGAAUAUUUUGUCAGUCAUGUAAAUCAAUUCAAAUCAUGAUUUUUUGACAUAUUUGAACUGCGUUAGAUUUGAUUUUUGUUUUGUAAUAAAUUAAUGGAGAUACCAAUUUCAAUUUAUUAAAAAGUUUUCUUUCUCUCGAAUUUUUUUAUUUUGAAAUGUUUCAUUAAUAAAAUUAAAUUUAUUAUGUUCAAUGAUUGGUGCACUAUAAAAAUUGCAUGAAAUAUCUACUUCUAUGCUAGAACUCAUAUCAUUUAAAGAAAAUCUCAAAAUGUA